ACGAAGAAGAUCAUAUCCGUUAAAAGUUUUGGCCUCCAAUAAAAUAGGUUCGCACAGCAUCAAAGAGUUGUAGUAUCGUUUGGCAAAGGUAAUCUCUUCCUCUAAGUGAGUGCUGUAACGCACAAUAACAUCCUCGUAGUCAUGGAAAUGAUCAACCCAUUCAUCAGCCAAUCAGAAGACAAAUAAAAAGUUAACAAUCAAAACAAUCAUUGAUUCUCAAUUAACUUCAUGAUAAAGGAAUCACUCCGAUUGGAUUACAAAUUGGUGGUUGCAAUGGCGAGAAUGCCGAGGUUGGGAAUUGUCGGCAGUGGGUGGAUGGAGGGGAUGAAGAAAGGAGAAUGGAUAAAAGAGUCGGGUUUGCUCGUUCUUUUAGCUGUUAUCAAAGGUGCGCUGUCGGAUGAGCAUGAAUACUCGUCUAUAUCGUUUCAACGGCUCAGCAGUGUAACGGAAAUUUUACCUCCUCACCUCCUACCUGUCUUUGUCGGCUUUCAAUCACAAAAGGAGAGAGAUCAGCAAGACGGAAGCCUGCAAAAUUGAAUGAUUUCGAAUGCAUGAUACACGACGAUGCCAGCCUCCACGCAAUCAAAUACUGCAACAUUAUCGAUUCCAUAAAUUCAAUCGCAACAUAGGCUGA